AUGAGUCUAAAGGGCUUAGACAGCGUUCAGAACGGCCACCACCAGGACCCACGGCCCGUGCCCGCCUUUUACGCUCCCCAUCGCGGCCCAAACCAAAGCCCAAACGCUCACCAUCACACGCAGAGCGUUCAUAAUCGCAACGGGAGUAUCCACGACAGCGAUACGAUGGCUGACUAUCCGAUGCACGAGCCAGAGGACGACGAGCUCGAUACCAAACCACCGCAUUUCACCCACCAUCCAUCGCAGCAUCAUCCAGGCGCUCCCAAUGUCUCUAGAUCACCCAUCCCGCCAGCCUCGACGCCCCGCAAGAGGAAAAAGACGGGCGAGCCAUCCGAGGGGGAGGCCGUUCGUCGAUUGAGACGGAGCCAUGAAGCAAACAAGUUUCAAGCCCGCGCACAUCAAGAGAUCAUCGAGCAGCAGCUCACCGAAACGAUUCUCAUCCUCCAAAAGUGGAUUCCUGACUUUGAUCCCAAUAAGACACAGUAUUUUGCCACAAAAUAUGGCGUAACGCUUCCGCCCCGUCCCGCUAAUCUGGCUAAUAUGGGUUCGGAAGCUGCACCCGGUAUCCCGACGCCUCUCACACCGGUCACCCCUCACCCAGCAUUGCAGCCGCCUGGCGGAGGCAGUAAGCACGGCUCGAAUCAGCACCAUCAUCAUCCUCAGCCCCCUGCUCCGCUCAACAUGAUGUCCAUGAUGCCCUAUUCACCGUCGCAAUCCGGCUCUGAUUCGUACUCGCUUCGGAGCCCUGUCGACAGUUCUCAGCUCGUCUCGCCAGCGUCACCACACGCACCUUUCUUCCGUAACAACUCGCAGUCGCAGCAACAUUCCCAGGCCGCGUCCUCAGGGUCGGCCUCCUCCCAAUUUGUCUUCCCUCCGCACCAACAUAAUGCUCUGCCCAAUCAGAGAAAGACGGAAGAUGUGGGUCUCGCGAAGAUGGAGUACGAAGCGGACAAUGGCCAGAAGGGUCUCGAUCCACGCGGCCGCAAUAUGGCGGAUCCGACUGCCAUUGCUAGGCAGUUUGGCGUCACUUCAAAGCUCCUUGAAGAUCCGCGAUACAGUAAUAGAGAGCCCCAAAAGGUCGAUGGCGAUGAACUUGCGCCGGUUGCGACCACCCAUGGUUCACUCCACCCAAGACUCUGGUAUAAUCGCCCCUUCAAGCGUGGUUCACUUCCCUCCCCAUCCUUUUCCACCUCCGAACUUGAUCUUGUGUGGCUCCCGUUGAACCGCAAAAUUGCCAAUCAUAUGGUCGAGAUGUACUUCAAACGUCUCAAUUUUCACCGCCCCAUCUUUGAGAAACAAGAUUACCUUAGGAGGUUCGACAUGCUGUACAGCAACGACACGGUUUCUACCGACGACGUUGGCUUCUUGUGUAGCACGUACCUAAUUCUUGCGCUUGCGACCCUGUCGGAGAUGCAUCAACCAGAACAGAAUGCAGACUGGGUCAUGGAGCUCAAGCAAGACUGGCCGACACAUGAACAGCUCUUUGCCAGAGCACUGGUCGUCAAACCAGAGCUCAGGGUCACCAUUUCCAGUCUUCAAGCACUGCUUUUGCUACAGUGGUAUCUCUAUUCAGAGCGUCACGGUCGCUCGUUGUGGCGUUUGGUUGGGACGUUGGUCCGGCUCGCCGUAGAACUGGGCCUUCAUCAUGACCCAGCUAAACAGCGAGGCGUCUUUACGCCCGAAGAGUGCACACUGCGCGUCAACCUAUGGCACAGUGUCAUGAUUCACGAUCGAGGAACAUCGGUGCUUCUCGGACGCCCAGCCGCCAUCUCCGAAGACGAGUUCAACACUUCUCAUCCGGUUGAAGUUCCCGGUGUCGUCUCUCGUCAUUUUGUCGAUAGCGCACCCUUGAACACGAUCGCCGCGGACAUCAUCAGCUCGCUCUACCGACCCGACAUUCAAUCGAGCAGCGAAGUCACUGACCAUGCGCGACGAAUUCUCAAGUCGUUUGCUUCGUUUAGAAAGACGCUUCCCAAGGAAUAUUGGCCAUAUUUCCAAGGCACUCAAGGCUGGUCCGAGGCGGCGAAGAAGGAGCUGCGAGACGAGUUGACCACGGAAAAGGGCUUGACGUUCUUAAAGUACAACAUCCAGCGUCUUCUCUUGCUCCGCACCUUGUUCAACAACAACGGUGCUCGCUACGAUUUGCGAACAAAGGCGCUCGUAGAUGCAAUCAAGACAUCGCACAACAUCGUCAUCAUGCAUGCGAGCCUCACGAAGAUUCCUGACAUUGGUUUCUUUGUGUCCCCACUGCCGCUACACAUUGCCGCGAUGACGAUCAUCUACGGACACAAAUGCGGUUUCCCAACUCUGCCGUAUGAGACUGGCUACGAAGACGUUCAGUCCGCGCUUCAUGUCACGCCGGCGCUGCGUUGGCAAUGGGAGCGUAAAGACGCCAGUGGAGGUGCUCAUCCUAUCACUUCGGAGCUUGCGAAACAAGUGUUCAAGCGUCGUCCGCGCGUCGAUGGCCCUCGGCCGAUUCCGGAAUUUAUGCCCGAAGAGAGCUGGGAGGAAGAGGACAGGCAACACCUUGCGCAACCUGUCGAUGCCCAUCUCGAGGUAUGGCCUGCGACAGUCUGGCAACCAGGACCGCUCUGGCCUGAGCACCACCCUGUCCCUGUCCGUGCGCACAACGACGGUUCAAACAGCAGCAAGUCGGCGAGUCCCAUUGGACAACACGCUGUCCCACAGUCGUUGAAUAUGACUAAUGUAGUCAAUGGCGGAACCGGCGCGCGUGGCUCCUCCGGCUCGACGCCCAAUAUGAUCGGACCGGCGAUGCCUGGUAGGAACAAUAGCUACUUCAAGCCCGAGGACACCGAUGUCACGGGUUUGUUGGCUACUAGUGGAUACCGCUUCGGCGAGUCGGAUGUCCAAGAAUUUUUCAUGCAAGAGGAGCGGGAUCCGAUGGCUCGCCCUCAGAAUGGGCAAUCGCACGCUAACAUCAGAAUGAUGGAACAGCUGGUACAGCUCCAACACAUGGGUUAUUCCACCUCAACAUACCUACCAUACAUGCCGUCGACCUCGCAUUCCGACAACACCCUCCCACUCGAACACGUUCAGUUUGGCUUCGAAGUCUACUCACCGCUGACCUUUUUUCCUGUAAAGCUAUCUAAUUUGUCACCUCAAGGUGUCGCCUGCGCCGCCUGUAUACCACAUGAGGAUUCCAAUGUCAUUUCCCACGAGCCUCUGCGCUCCGUUUCACCCGUCAGAGACGUUUGA